AUGGCCCAACAAUUAUCGUUGGCAAAGUAUUUUAGUGGGGUAAAUGAUCGUGAAAAGCGAAAGGCAGAUGAAACAGAAUCCAAGAAAAAGUAUGAAACAAAAAGAAGUCGUGGCUUUGUGGAAUCGUGGAAAGAGGAAUUUCAAUGGGUAGAGGACACUGAUAAAGGAAUGAUUUGCAAUUAUUGCAAAGAAUUUAAAGACUUGGCUGGUAAAACAAAGUUUGUAAAUGGGAACAUUUCAUACAGAAUUGAAAACAUUAGAACACACGAUGCAUCGGAAAAACAUAGAAAUUGUGCGGAUGCACACUUUGCUGCUCAAAGAAAAGCUGACAAUAAUGCACAAAAUUAUCAAGGACCAAUGGAUCAAGCAAUUCGUAAACUUGGUGAAAAAAACAAAACUCUUAUUUCAUACAUGUUCAACACCGCAUAUUGUGUGUUAAAACAGGAGUUGCCAUUUACGCUUUACUCCACAAUGCUACAAUUACAGAUCAAAAAUGGUUCUGAUCUGAUCAGAUUGCAAAGUUAUCAGUCAGAGAGGGCAUGUGCCAGGUUUGCCCCUUACAUAUCUGAUGCCAUUAGAGAACCGAUUCGAGAGAAGAUCGCCAACUGUAAAGCACUGUCUAUAAUGUAUGAUGGCGCGACUGAUUGCAGCGUCAGUGAAGUAGAAAUUGUUUACUGUAGGAUGCUUGACAAUGGAUAUCCGAAAGAUUUUUUUGUUGGUCUUGAAGAGCUUGAGCAUGCUCAUGCCGAUGGAGUAUUUUCAGCAAUUGACAAAGCUAUGACUGAUUAUGUUAGUAUUCAUUGGAAAGAAAAGUUAGUAGGUGCUGGCUCAGAUGGCGCUAGUGUCAAUUUAGGAGUAAAUAAUAGUGUAGCCACAAGGUUAAGCAACGGGAAGCCAUAUGUUUUGAAUGUCCAUUGUGUAGCACAUAGGCUGGAGUUAGGCAUUUUGAAUGCACUCAAAUCUAACCAAAAUCUCAUUACUGUUCAAGACAUGCUUAAAAAGAUAUACAAGCAUUACCACUACUCCCCUAAAGCUUUAAGGGAGCUGAGGAAUAUAGCUGAGUCACUUGAAGAAAAGGUUUUAAAACCAACCAAUUUAAAGGGUACAAGAUGGGUUCCCCAUAUUUCUAAAGCUAUGAAGUAUUUGGUGAAGGAUUACACCGUUCUGUUAGCUCAUUUUGAACAUGUGUCACAAUCGAAGGCAACACCAGAGGUUGUUGGUAGAGGUACAUUCAUAUCAAACAAACUGAAAGAUUACAGACUCCUUCAGUUCCUCUUUUUUAUGGAUGAUCUUCUAGAAAUCAUCAGUGAUUUGAGCUUACAUUUUCAGAAAGACGGCACAACAUGCAUUGAUUUUCUUGAUACCCUAGAAACAGCUGUUCUUAAUCUGUUGCAACUUAGGCAGCAGCCUGGUGCAAAACUUCAAGGUUUUCUUGACAGCAUAACUGUUCAAAACAACAAAGGGUUAUAUAAAAACACUGAACUUAAAUACUACAGUCCUCAGUUUGACUACACUACGUUACAAUCAGUCAUUGACAUAGUUGUUGAUAGAAUUUCUGGAAGGUUGGAAAAUCCUAACGAUCCUACAAAAUCUAUCCUCCAAGCUGCUCAGAUUUUUGAUACAAAAGACUGGCCAAACGACAGACAGCAACUAGCUGUGUAUGGUACCCAACAACUUCAGCAGCUUAGUGACCAUUUUCAGGUCUUUCUUGACAAUAUUGGUUGUGAUAGGAACCAGCUGCUGCCAGAAUGGGUGCACGUUAAAGCUCACAUUGGCAAUAGACUUAUUAACAAUGUCAACCUUCCAAAGAUUAACACUUUAUUUGUUCAACAACCUGAUCAGUACAAAAACAUUUUGAUGUUAAUAGAAAUUGUAUUGGUUUUGCCAAUAAGUAGUUCUAUAUGUGAGAGAGGGUUCUCUGCUCUUAAGCGAAUCAAAUCUGACUGGAGGUCUAACUUGACAACAGACACGAUGAAUCACUUGCUACUAGCAUCAAUUGAAGGGCCCUCUCUUGAUGAAUACAAUUCAGAAAGGGCAGUCCAUCUUUGGUGGACAGGUGGACAACGACAAAGACGCCCACAAUUUGCACCUGGUCCUAACAUGGUGGAGGUGGAUGAAGACCAGCUUCUGAACUUUUUGUUAAAUGUUUAA